GGCGAAGUGCUGUUGAGCCAGCCAGCUGGGUUGGCGGCUAGCGCGUUCUGCAAGCACACGGAAAUACAUACAAACGUUUCUAAUAUUCUUAUGUGUGUACGUGUGUGUCUGCUAUAGCGAAGUCGAAGUGAAUUUGGACUUGAGAUUGAAUCGAAAUCGUGAAUUUAGUAUUCCGGCGAACGAAUAAACGUGCGAACGUGUGCAAGCCGAGACGAAUUUGGCGAAAAUAGCAAACCAUUGCAGUGUUUGAAUGCACUUGUAGACGCCACGGCCAGCUACCAACGGCACUUAUCGCAACCAACGCCAGGAAUAUAAUGUAAAUAUUUACAUCGGGCCAAUAAUAAGUGCUUUAACGGUAGUUUUAAUGAGAAAAGUGAACAGUACAACAAAAAAGAGAAACAAAGAUUAAAAAAGUAAAAGGCCAAGAGCAGCAGAAUUAUCAAAAAAGCACCGUUAGUUAUAGCCAUUCUGCCACGCACAGGUCGUUACAUAUAGCCAGUGGCUCAAAGACAAAAACUAAGUGCAAGCAACUAAGUAAUGCUAAGCAAAAGAAAAGGAGAGCAAUAACAACAACAUCAACAACAAUUGCGAACAACAGUUAGAAUCGGCGAUAACAGCAUCUGUAAUGGUGGUAACAAGCGCUUUAUCGCUUUAGAGCCUGCUCACCGUGGCCAAAACACCAACAACAACAGCACCCACAAAAACGACAACACUCAUCCAUUUGAAAGACCAUCCAUCGUUUAAUGACUGCAACACAACAACAAUUGCACGGAAAUUCAUAAACCAAGCGAAGUAAAUAUUUGGAAAGCAACCGUAAACAACGGCAAAAUAUAUAAGCAGCACUAACCAACCUAACUUGAGGGAAGUGGAGCCGCCGCCAAAGCAUUAUCUUCCAACAGACAACGACCAGUCCAGUCCAAUACAGUUCUUUAUUUGGGUCAUUCAUUGAAACAAGCCAUCCACUUAGCCACUUAAAGCGGUCUUACUGAACGGUUAUAUACCCAAAAAGACUUGCUAAGCAACAGGCCCACCCAUAGAAGAAAAAUCAUUUACUUACACACCGACACAAGUACAAAGAAACGGAGGGACAGAGGAAGUACAUUUAUCAGUCGAGCCGAGGCAUCAGGCUAAUCUCAGUUUCUACAUUAUUGUUCUGCCACAGGAAAAGUAUUCACAGUUGCACUGGCGCACUACAGACAACACUUCAAUAGCACCAACAACCACAAUAACGCCCCCAAUUUCGUUGCCGGCGGUAGUGGUUUUGGUGUCGGUGCUGGGGCGGGCGCUGGAGUGCCCGUUAUUAUGGAGGGCCCCGAGGUGACUUUCCUCUUUCAAUUUGGCAGCUUGCGCGAUGCUGUUUCUGUGGCCGCCAGCAGUUUGACGCUGAAGUCACUUAAGGACUUAGCAUGUGAAUUUAUCAAUACAAAGAUACCCGACAGUGGUUUGACACAUUUGCCAGAGCGUGUACUACUCUUCCGUCAUGACUACAACAGUCCAAAUGUCCUGCACAUUAUCAACUCGGCUUCGGAAGUGGUCGACGAGACUUUGGUAGAAAUUGUACUGACAGCCAACCCCAUUUUGUAUCCCACAUCGGAAAUGCCAACGCUAAAGCCACACACGCUCAAUGUACAUUCGUACAAAGCGCCAACAUUUUGUGAUUUCUGUGGAGAAAUGUUGUUCGGCUUGGUGCGCCAAGGACUGAAAUGUGAUGGUUGCGGCCAAAACUACCAUAAACGCUGUGUGGUGAAAAUACCUAACAAUUGCAGUCGCCCGAAUGAUUCCACCUCGAGACGUUCGUCGGCCCUACAGCCGCCACGCAGUCCUUCGGGUGGCUCAACACAAUCGCUAAUCUCGAACGAAGACCAGGCGCGAAGCGAUGGCGGCAGCUCACUGAGUGUUCCGCAUUAUCGCAGUCACAGUCGCUCUCCGUCCUCAAGUAGCCGUAAUGGCACCCACGGCAGCAAUCAUUGCCUCGGCGCCAACAUUUCCAUGUACACACCCACGUUCGCUUACGCCGAGAAAAUACGCAUUCCGCACACCUUCAUGGUGCACACAUAUGGCAUACCGACCGUGUGUCAAUACUGCAAGAAACUGCUGAAGGGUCUGUUUAAGCAAGGUCUGCAAUGUAAGGAUUGUCAAUACAAUGCGCAUAAGAAGUGUUUAGACAAAGUGCCACACGACUGUACCGGAGAGCGACAGUUACAAACCAAUGAUUAUGCGGACAACACACCCACACAUGGCCAUGCAACGAAAGCGGGUGACAACUUCUUUCGCGAAGAGUUCGAUGACAGUGAUUUCGAAGACAAUCUGUCGCCAAGUGCUAGCGGUGGCUAUAUGGGUAGCACGGUUCAAAGGUAUGGCACAGCGACUGCUGGAGCAAAAUCCGCACGUACUGGGGUGCCAAAGACCACAACGAAUGCACACAAUUCGCCACCGGAACUGGUUAAUGGGCUGGUCGGUAGUACGGAUGGACGUAGCGCCGGCGAAGGUCAAUCAAUUGAUGGCCAAUCGGAGCAAUCGAGCUCAUCGUCAUCGCCCAGUGCCAAUAUACCUUUAAUGCGUAUUGUACAAUCUGUGAAGCACACAAAGAAACGUGGCGGCCAAGCCAUCAAAGAGGGUUGGCUGGUUCACUAUACCAGCUUGGACAAAACAGUGAAACGACACUAUUGGCGCUUGGAUUCGAAGACGCUAACACUGACGCUAUUCCUCUCGGAACAGGGUAGUAAAUAUCACAAAGACAUACCGCUCUCGGAAAUCCAAGGUAUAGACACAAAUCGUGAUUUGCGCGUAGACAACAACUAUUGCUUCGAACUUAAGACCGCUACGAUCAGCUAUUAUGUGGGCCAAGAUCCAUUGGUGGGCAUACGUGAAGAGCAAGCGGUAAGACUGCCACCGUCAGACAGCGGAAUCGGCUCCGAUAUUGCCAAGAGCUGGGAGACAAUCAUCAGACAGGCCUAUAUGCACGUAACAAAUACACAAUGCUGCGAGUCUGAGGAAAACGUCCAGGAUAUGGGACAGCUGUAUCAAAUAUUCCCGGAUGAAGUGCUUGGUUCGGGUCAAUUCGGUGUUGUUUACGGAGGUGUUCACAAAAAAACCAAACGCGAAGUGGCCAUUAAAGUGAUUGAUAAGUUGCGGUUUCCCACCAAGCAGGAAGCACAACUCAAAAACGAGGUUGCCAUAUUGCAGAACAUUUCACAUUGUGGUGUUGUGAAUUUGGAGCGCAUGUUCGAGACGCCUGAACGCAUAUUUGUCGUGAUGGAAAAGCUUAAGGGUGAUAUGUUGGAGAUGAUUCUGUCACACGAGCGCGGACGGCUCAGUGAACGAGUAACGAAAUUCCUUAUUACACAGAUACUCAUAGCGCUAAAGCACUUGCAUAGCAAAAAUAUUGUGCAUUGUGACUUGAAGCCGGAAAAUGUCUUGCUCUCCUCCGACGCCGAAUUUCCACAAGUCAAGCUGUGUGAUUUCGGUUAUGCCAGAAUUAUUGGUGAGAAAUCAUUUAGGCGCUCAGUUGUGGGUACACCAGCCUACUUAGCGCCUGAGGUGUUACGCAACAAGGGCUACAACCGCUCACUGGAUAUGUGGAGUGUUGGCGUUAUAAUUUAUGUCAGUUUGAGCGGCACGUUCCCCUUCAAUGAGGAGGAGGACAUAAAUGAUCAGAUCCAAAAUGCCGCAUUCAUGUAUCCACCAAAUCCCUGGAAGGAGAUCUCCUCUAACGCCAUCGAUCUCAUCAACAAUCUGCUGCAGGUUAAGCAGCGUAAGCGCUACACGGUCGACAAAAGUCUACAGCACUAUUGGCUGCAAGACAAGCAAACCUAUCGAGACUUGCGCAAUUUGGAGGGUCAGGUGGGCACACGUUAUCUAACACAUGAGGCGGACGACAUACGAUGGGCCAGCAGCGGUGACAUGUGACCUGUUAAUGCAGAGACCGACGAUGC